AAUAUCGAAUAUCUAGCCGUCUGUCAAACAACAUCGCAUAGCACACAAAAAGUGAAAAAAGUAUUGUACAGAACAAUACCAGACGUCGUAUCGUAUUCUGACCAACAAAAUUGCAUUGCAGUAUAAUUAAUUCAACGUUUAGCAGUCAAUAGUUACUAAAUUCCAUAACACGCACACGCACGAGAUGGCACAAAACAUAAGCCCCGAACAGAGCGGAGGCGCUGGCGGCAGCAGCAGCGUCAAACACAACGAUGACUCUCUGCCCAUAAAAGACAAUCAUGCCGUGAGCAAAAGACUGCAUAAAGAACUCAUGAAUCUGAUGAUGGCCAAUGAAAAGGGUAUAUCAGCGUUUCCUGACGGGGAGAACAUCUUCAAAUGGGUGGGCACCAUAGCCGGACCCACCAACACAGUGUAUGCGGCACAAACCUAUCGCCUGUCGCUGGAUUUCCCAAAUUCGUAUCCUUAUGCCGCACCCGUAGUUAAGUUCCUGACGCCGUGCUUUCACCCAAACGUCGAUCUGCAAGGCGCUAUUUGUUUGGACAUACUGAAAGACAAGUGGUCCGCUCUGUACGAUGUGCGCACCAUUCUGCUGUCUAUACAGUCAUUGCUCGGCGAGCCAAACAACGAAAGUCCACUAAAUGCUCAGGCCGCCAUGAUGUGGAACGAUCAAAAGGAGUACAAAAAAUACCUGGAUGCCUUCUACGAAAAGCACAAGGAUACCUAAGUAUAUAGACUUGUAGACAUAUAGGCAAUAGGUGGCAGUGGCAGUCGCUAACUCUCGUCCCAUAUUCAUGUAAAGUGCAAGCACCUCCACUCAUCCACUCCGCACCACACUACACUAUACCACACACACACCUUUGCACGGUAUUAGCUGUUAGCUUAUGAAAAUUCUACAGACUUCAUCCAAUCGUCGUCGUCGUAGUGUCACCGAUGAUCUGACUUUUCAAUUAUUAUUCUUUAAAAAAUUUAUUAAAACACUUUCAAUGAUGAUACUGGUAUGUAAUUUUAGAACUGUCUGUUUCUUUAAGCUUAAGUAUAAAUUUUAGUUAAUUGUUUUUUACUUUAUAAAAUAAUUCUUUAAAUA